CCAAAAUUUAAUUAGGAUAUUAACAUGUCCAAAUGACAAUUACCGUUCUCAAAACUAACAAAAUAAAAUUAACUAAUCAUUUUGUAAAUUCUCUUUGGCUGCAAAUCGAUUAUGUUCGGCGAAAGUCUUUUGCUUGCCCACAAGUUUCUAAAUUUAAACAAUUUACCCAAAUUAGCGGGUCCCUGUGUUUUAGUUCACUUGCUAAAUUGUAAAAUAAAGCGUAACAUAGCGCACAGGCCCGUCGUUUUUAACACCAAAACAUUUAACGACGAGGGAAAAUCCCAAGAAAUGUCGACGCCAAACUUUCUACUGAGCAAUGGUAAAAAUAUGCCUAUGGUGGGUCUUGGGACCUGGCGGAGUCCUCCGGAGGUCAUCACGCAAGCUGUCAAGGAUGCCAUUGACAUUGGCUACCGGCACUUUGAUUGUGCCCACAUUUAUGGCAACGAGGCACAAGUGGGAGCUGCUCUCCGGGAGAAAAUGCAGGAAGGGGUGGUCACGCGUGACAGCCUCUUCAUCACCAGCAAACUCUGGAACACCUAUCACAAACCUGAGCUAGUGCGUGGCGCCUGCGAGACAAGUAUGAGAAAUCUGGGUGUAUGCUAUCUAGAUCUCUACCUCAUGCACUGGCCCAUGGCCUACAAGUCGGGAGACAACCUGUAUCCCACCUGCCCGGAUACAAACAAGGCGGUUUUUGAGGAUAUAGAUUACAUAGACACGUGGCGAGCCAUGGAGGAUCUCGUAGACCAAGGACUGGUCCAUGCCAUAGGGGUCUCCAACUUUAACGAACAGCAAAUCAAUCGGCUUCUAAGCGUGGCCAAGCUAAAGCCGGUGGUUCUUCAGAUCGAGUGCCACCCGUACCUGCGCCAGAAGUCCUUGAUUACUUUAUGCUAUGACAAUGCCAUAGCUGUGACCGCCUACAGCUCUCUGGGAUCGGGUCAUACUCCCUACGAGAAGCCUGGAGCAUAUCCGCUGCUGCAGCAUCCCACCAUAUUGGCCAUAGCGGAGAAGUAUGGCAGGACGGCGGCCCAGGUCCUACUUCGCUAUCAGACGCAGUCGGGCAUCAUUGUUAUACCGCGUUCUGUGAGCAAGCAUCACAUGAGCGACAACUUCAAGCGGAUCUGGGACUUUGAAUUGGCCAUAGAUGAUACCAAGGCUAUUGAUGAUUUGGACUGCAAUGGUCGUUUUAUGACCAUGAAGGCGGCCUAUGGUCAUCCGCAUCAUCCUUUUGAGCCUGGCCAAACGAAAUAAAUUAGUUUCUAUGGAUUGAAGGACAUGUAAAGAGAAGGAUAUGUCAGGAUUAAUACAGCUUCUGGCACGAAUUUUGUUUAAGCUUUUGUCUUGUUUUAAAGAUGCUUUAAUAAAUCCAUGUAUUUUGCUAUGCAAA